CUGUCCUAUGAUAGCCGGCGAUCAAAGUAGUUAUCGCGUUUACCGUUCCCAACAUCAUUCUUGUGCGUUGUGUUUACAACCUUAAAUUCAGUCCGCGUAGUGUGUAAGCGUAACAUCUGAUUACACUACUUUUCGCUCGAACGUGAUUUUGAGUGCCGCUGCAGAGAUACCUGCUUAAAUAUGAAGUUCAACAUUUACAAGACGUCGUCGAGACGUAAGUCUCGCAAAUUACACUUCACAGCUCCAUCCCACGUCAGGCGUCGCAUCAUGUCAGCGCCUCUUUCCAAAGAACUGAGGAGCAAGUACAACGUUAAGUCUAUGCCUGUCCGCAAAGACGAUGAAGUCCAGGUGGUAAGAGGACAUUUCAGAGGCCAACAAGUUGGCAAAAUUGUCCAAGUAUACAGGAAGAAAUACGUCAUCUAUAUUGAAAGGAUCCAACGUGAGAAAGCCAAUGGUGCAACUGUUUAUGUUGGAAUCCAUCCUUCCAAGUGUGUCAUUGUUAAACUGAAGUUGGACAAAGACCGCAAGAAGAUCCUUGACAGGAGAGGCAAAGGCAGAGCUCAAGCAUUGGCUCUUAAAGGCAAAGGAAAGUACACUGAAGAAUCUGCAGCAGCAGCCGCGAUGGAAACAUCAUCAUCGUAAUAGUUAUGAUUUUUUUCAAUAAAAAACAUAAAACAAA